AAAAUAUAUUAAGUCCAUCCAAUAUAAAAUGCUUACAGGCAAAGAAGAAUAACCUUAAUUGCUUUUAAGAGUAAUGCGCUUAAAAAAAAGUCUAGUCUAAUAGAGGAAAUCAAGAGAGCAAGGAAUUACCAAAAUAUUUGAGGAGCACAUUUACUGAUACCUAUUAAUUGUAAGAGCCAUUAAAAGAGAAGAGAGGCAAAAAAAUAUUGCCUUAAUAUGCAUUUGGAAAUUCAUUAGAAUCACCAUCAUAUUUUAGAAAUGCAAAUACUUUGAUUUGUAAAGAAAGUUAUGACAAUCCAUUUCUAAAAGGACAAUAAAAACCAAAGAGCAAAUGGGAUUCAUUACGUAGCAAUACAUUAAAUAAUUAUGAUUUUUAUAAUGUUUCUGAAUAGAAGUUUAGUAAUUUACCUUAAGAGGGAUAUCGUAAUGUGAGAUUAGUGAAGUAUAUAAUUUAAUACAUAUAUAAAAGUACAGUUACAAAUCAGAUUAAUUUUGUGAAAACACCUAAAGUGAAAAAUGAAGAACAUACAUUUUAACAAGCAUAUCGAACAUUGUAAAAUACCAGCCAUUUUAGACGAAAACAUGGUGAGUAAUUUUAUUAUUGAUAUAUUAAUAGAGUUGUUUACAGAUUUCAUUGAAAAAAAUGAUAACUAAAAUGUAUAUGGACAUUUAAAUGAUCGUUAAAGACCAAAAGGACAUUUAAGAGAUGUAAAAAAUUUUAGCUUGACUCCUAAAGAAUAAAAUCUACAUCAUAAAUUUACAUAUAAUUUCAUGGUUUCAAGUCCAAAUUAUAACACAACAAGAAAUCAAGAAUUACCCUAUCUUAAUAAAGGAGAUGAAAAAGUAGAGUAAUAUUUUAAAAGAGAUCAGAAGUAAAUAUUUUUUAUUAAUACUAUUUAAGAUUUCUUAAUUCUCUAAGUAAUUCAAUCAUAACUUCUUAAAUAGAUAAGAAAAUGAAAGGCAAGAAAUAGGAUAAAUAUAAGUAUAUUAAAUAUAUUUUUAAGUGCUGAUCCUGUAGCUGAAGACUAUUAAGAAAAUGAAAUUGGAUUAAUUGAAGUAUUUGAAAAACAUCUAGAGUUUGAAAAGCAAUAUGGAAAUUGAUU